AUGGGCGAUUCAAUGAUGAUUUUUAUAAAUGCAAUCAAACAACAAAUUGAUCAAUGUAUUCAAUCACAUAUUUUAAUCGAUUCUGAUCCAUUACAACAUGAAAUAUUGGAACAUGCAAUUCAAUGUAAAACAUAUAUUGCAAAAUUUCAUGGUCGAUCUGAUGUUCUUAAUCGAUUGAAAGAAUAUAUUAUGAAUGAAGAAGAAAAUCGUGCAUGCAUUGUAUAA